AUGAUUCGUGGUCCUCAAGGAAAAGAAUUACGCGUUGGAUUCUCAGGGCCAUGCGUUUCACUGAGCAAAAUGGGCCACCACGAGGGAAGCGACAACUCUUCUCUAUCCUUGCCUCCACUGUCCGCAAGUGGAUUUCAUGAUUCCGCCGAUUCCCUUCCAAUCCUAGAAAGCUCCUCACAGAAACUGCCUCCUCUACCCGAUAAAGUGAAGUUCAUUAUCGCCUUGAAGCGAUUUCGACGUUGGAUGCUCACUCCCACUGGCUUUUUAAUUACGGUAUAUAUGCUCAAUGUAGUGGCGUGGGGAGGCAUGUUGUUCCUGUUAAUCUGCAACGCCGCGCCUGCCAUGUGUCAUCCCUCGUGCGACGACAUUAACUCGUCGCGUCGUGUAUGGAUCGAACUCGAUUCGCAGAUACUAAACGGCCUAUUCUGCAUCACUGGAUUUGGCCUCGCUCCGCUGCGCCUGCGCGACUUUUACUGGUGGUGUUUCUGGCAUUUUGGCCGAACUCCAGCGCGCCGCAACGGCGCAAUCGCCCGUCUUGCCGCAGUUCAUGCCUCCUGGUAUAGAUUGCCGCUACCAGACAUCGAGGGAGGCGAGGCCCUGACCCCGAUUCCGCCUAGUAAGGCACCAAGAACGCCUUUGACUGGUGUGCGUGCGCCCCCGACAGCACCGUGGAAGAUGACUUUCGUGGUGCAUAACAUGGUGUGGAACACAAUAUUGCAGGGCUGUCUUGCUGGGUGCAUGUGGGCAAUGAACCGCCACGUACGCCCGCCGUGGACGACCGGGCUUUUCAUCGGCUUGGCCUGCGUCGUGGCCAUGGCGGCUGGUGCGAUGAUCAUGAAGGAAGGAAGUCGAAUCAAGAAGAUCGAAGGUGCCCCCUUGUCUGAGGAAGAAAGGGAGGCUCGAAGAGCAUUGGGCCACAUAUUGGACAAGACAUGA